AUGCCUAUCAUACAGUACAUCAAGAGAUGGGAACCAUCCUGCACUCAUCCUGCACUCAAGUUACACCGGUGGGAUGUACUCAAGGUACUUCUGCUGCUGGCCAGCACAGCUUGUCUUUGGUUUGCUGCCUGCCUCAGUGCCUUCUAUUGUGCAAAAAUUGCCACUUUCACUCAAUGGUACUCUCUUCUCUGUAAGCUGAGAAUUACAGAGAUGGUUCCAAUGCUUCUGCUGGGGUCAGUGUUAGUUUCUUUGAUUUUGUGCCUCCCUUUCAUCUGGAUGGAUUAUAGCAUCCAUCUGUACAACUCAACUGGGAGCCAUCAGAAGAAUGUCUCCACAUUGACAACCACAUGGAGCAUCUCCCAUCUGAAAGUCUUCAUCUUGCACCUGACUUGGGCAGUCAUUCCCCUUCUGCUCUCCCUGGCAUCAUCCACCUUGUUAAUUGCAUCUCUGUGGAGGCACACCAAGCAGAUGAGGCAGCGCACAACGGGUUUCAAGGAUCCAAGGACAGAGGCUCACAUCACUGCCAUUAAAACUCUAAUCUCUUUCCCAAUGCUCUACAUCUGCAGUUUUGUACCCGGCAUGCUGCUUGGGAUUCCUUCCUGUUGA